ACUCAACACAAGCAAACAUGGCGCUCUCAGGAAGAGAUUCUCUGCUACGAUGCUGUCGUAGCGCAUUUACCNAGGCAUCCCGAGAUGCGCGCAUAUUCUACCCCCGCCGUCAGCUCUCACUCUCUGCUCGCCCGUCACAGUUAUCGCCACGAUCCGCACCAGUCCCAGGCUUUGCGCCCUUCGCAAAAGACAUGCUCCCAUCACAGAACAGCCGAGGCUUCAGCGCAUCAAGCCGGCAAGCAGUCAAGGCCAUCAUCAACCCACGGAAGAAUGAGAAUGGAGAAGACAUGAUGAUCGACAUCUUGCCUCGCGCUGUCAAUGAGAACAAUCCGUCCCUCUGCCUACGUGUCGCAGUAGAAUCAGGCGGCUGCCACGGCUUCCAAUACCUCAUGUCGACGACAACGCUAGAAGAAAUAUCAAAAGAAGAAGACACGGUCUUUGAGUCGGAUGAUGGCAAGGGAGCUAGGGUGGUUAUAGAUGAGCCCAGUCUAGAGCUUCUCAGUGGCAGCAAGAUUGACUACACGAUGGAAUUGAUCGGCAGUCAGUUCAAGGUGACGGGCAUUCCGGGAGCCACGAGCAGUUGUGGUUGUGGAUCCAGUUUCGACAUCCAGGCA